AUGUCCGCGGACGCUAAGCUCAAGGCCGACGUCGCCGCCUUCCUGCGCUCUGAGGCGCGGGGCUCGACAAAGCGCGAGGCGGCGGGCACGCUCGCUGCGGCCGCCAACCUCUCGGAGGAGGCGCUUCGGCGCGCGCCUCCGAUGGCGCUGCCCGUCUGCUCCGCCUGGUGGGAGGAGGGCCUGGUGGCCGCCGCUUCCGGCGCUGCUCCGCUCGGGGCAUCGCGAGCCACAGAGCUGCGGGCGAGGGCAGAACAGCUGCACGAGUCGGAGCAGCAGGCGUUUGCGGCGGCGCAGGCGAAGAAGCACGGCAGCGACGCGCGCUUCGUCGCGAAGCUCGUCGCCUCGGGCACCAUCCGCGACCGCCUCGCCGCCCUCCAGGCGGUCGAGGCGCUGCUCGCCGUGUUUCUGCGCCAGCUGCUGCCUCCCGACCGACCUCUCGUCCCCCUCGAGAAGCAGCGGCUCGGCGCGUCCCCUUCGGACAGGGCGCUGCUGUGCGCGCACUACGAGGACCGACUCAAGGCACUGUACGGCGAGGCGGCGCUCUAUGGCGAGGCGGUGGCGGUGGUGAGUGCGGGCGCGGCGUCCAACUUGCCGCAUCUGAAGCAGCGGAUGGUGAGCGGGCUGCACGAGAUGCUGUCUGCAAGGCCGGAGCUGGAGCACUCUUUGCUCCCUGCGCUCGUCAACAAGCUGGGCGACCCAGACAAGAAGGUCGCCUCCCGCGUCACGCACCUCUUGGGCCAGCUCUCGCAGUCGCAUCCCCCGAUGAAGCCGGUGCUGCUCGCCGCCGUGCAGCGGUUUGUCCUCCGGCCGAAUGUGGGCGAGCGCGCACAGUACUACGCGACUAUCUUCAUGAACCAGCUCGCGCCGCUCGCGCAGACGCUGCUGCUCGUCUACCUCGCGCUCUUCGCCUCGCGCGCCAAGGACGCGGGCGCGCUCAAGGCGGCGAUGGACUCGCGCAUGCUCUCCGCGCUGCUGAGCGGCAUACACCGCGCCGUGCCGUUCUGCAGCGCGCCGGCCGAGCUGCUGCUGAAGCAACUCGGCGCCUUCUCUUCCGCUGCGAGCGCCCUCUUCCGCUGCGCGCACGCCGCCAACUUCUCCAUCACCGCGCUGAUGAUCCUCUCUCACGCGGCUCGCUUCGACGACUCACUGACGGACCGGUUCUACACCGCGCUCUACGACGCGCUGCUGCACCCGGACCUCCCCGCGUCCGCCAAGCUCGCGCUCUUCCUCAACGCGGAGCAGACGGGCAGCGCCAUCGGAGGCGCGCGCCGAAGCGCCUCCUCCGAGAGGUUGGCGGCCGCAGCGAGCGUGCCCGCCGCCUCGCGCUUUGCGAUGAAGUUGGACGCGUCCGAGCUGCGCCGCGCCGCUUUUGCCAAGCGGCUGCUGCAGCUCUGCGACCCGCUGCACGACUUCCAGUUGGGCUCGUUUCUGGACAAGUUCGUCUUCAAGAACCCGAAGCGAGGUGCGUCGGGCGGCGGCGGCUCGCUGAUGCAGCCGGCGGCGGCGGCGCCGUCGCUCUCGCUCUCGCAGCCAGCGGUGGCGCGGCAGCUGGCGCAGACGGCUGUUUCCCGCGUGCCGGCACAUGAGCGCUUCUUCCACACCUACUUCGAGCGCAAGGUGCGCGCGGCCAGCAAAAAGGCGCGCGGCGCGGCCAAGCGCCCCAAGGGCGGUGGCGAGAAUGGCGACGGCGAGGCGGCGGGCGGCGGGGCGGGCGGGGCGGGCGGCGGCGACGCGGAGGCGGAGGGCGAGGAGGAGGAGGAGGAGGAGGAGGAGGCGUUCGCGCAGCAGCUGGCGGAGGGGCUGAUGGCGGACGACCCGGGCGACGACGACGACGAGGGCUUCGGGCUCGACGGCCUCGGCGACAGCAGCGACGGCGGCGGCGACGACGAGGAGGAGGAGGAGGAGGAGGAGGAGGAGGAGGACGAGGCGGCGGGCGACGAGGAGGACGAGCCCCUCAGCGGUUUCGAGGACGACGACGACGACGACGACGACGAGGAGGAGGCGGGCAAGAAGGGCGGCGGCGGCAAGCAGAAGCGCAAGCGCGGCGGCGCCACCUUCGCCGACGCCGACGAGUUUGCGCACAUCCUCGAGCGGCGGCCGACACGGGCG